GCGAUCCCGCGAGAAGGCGAAUAACUAAAUUCGAAAAAGAUGCUUAGAAAUCGAUUUUGACCAUAUACAUACCUUUCAACGAAAAAUGCGAAUUUUGAAUUUUGAGAGAUAGACUGAGAGGAGACUAAAUUCGAUUAACUUAUACAUUUGAUAAAAUGAUAAUUUUCAAUUUCAGAUAUUUCAAUACGUUUAUUUCAGUGAUUCUGACUAUUUUAUAUAUAAUUUAUGUAGCUUCUUGUUCAGAACUAUUGAUUAACUUUUUUCGGUAUCUCCAACGCGAAGCAAAUUAUCGAGAUAAUUUGCCUUUCCGCGAUAUCGCAGUAGGCUGCUGUCACUCGGGCUGAGAAUUGCAAAAAGUGUGGCCCAUCAUGAAGACGAGAAAGUGGCCUAAUUUCCUAUUCAAGCAGGGAGGAAUGUACCCAUACUAUGAGUCGGAUUGGAGUGUCCUACCACCGGAGGCAAACAGAAGAUUCAAUCCAGCCUUCAAUAUGGCAACAAUAAAACAAGUGGUCAAUGAGGCUAUUGAAAGGGUUCGAAUGCCUACUCCAAUGCGUCUUAGAGACCUUAUUAGACAGAUUAGGGCUGCUAGGACAGCUGCAGAGGAACGAAGUGUAGUCAACAAAGAGUGUGCUUAUAUUAGGUCAACAUUCCGUGAAGAAGAUUCAGUUUGGAGGAACAUUGCCAAGCUACUGUACAUUCAAAUGCUGGGUUAUCCAGCACAUUUUGGGCAACUUGAGUGUUUGAAACUCAUUGCCAGCUCCAGAUUCACUGACAAAAGAAUUGGUUAUCUUGGAGCAAUGUUGUUGUUGGAUGAACGCCAGGAUGUCCAUCUACUGAUAACAAACUGUCUUAAAAACGAUCUGAAUUCGACCACCCAAUUCAUCGUCGGCCUGGCCUUGUGCACUUUGGGGGCGAUAGCGUCGCCCGAGAUGGCCAGAGACUUGGCGGGAGAAGUGGAGCGGCUGAUGAAGUCGCCAAACGCGUACAUUCGCAAGAAGGCCUCUCUGUGCGCAUUCAGGAUCAUCAAGCGAGUGCCGGAUCUGAUGGAGAUAUUUUUGCCGGCCACGAGGAGUUUGCUGUCCGAGAAAAAUCACGGUGUGUUGAUUACUGGGGUAACACUUAUUACUGAAAUGUGUGAAAAUAGUCCCGAUACUUUGGAACACUUCAAAAGGAUAGUACCAAAUCUUGUGAGAAUCCUGAAAAAUCUCAUUCUAGCAGGAUAUUCACCGGAACACGAUGUGUCAGGAGUUAGCGAUCCUUUUUUACAGGUAAAAAUUCUAAAACUCCUCAGAGUUUUAGGGGUCAACGAUGUUGAGGCAUCUGAGGCUAUGAACGAUAUUCUAGCUCAAGUUGCGACUAACACGGAAACGAGUAAAAACGUCGGCAAUACCAUUUUGUACGAAACUGUGCUAUCCAUUAUGGAUAUCAAAUCGGAAGGCGGACUAAGGGUUCUUGCUGUGAACAUUCUGGGCAGAUUUCUGCUCAACAAUGACAAAAAUAUUCGGUAUGUCGCACUGAACACUCUGUUGAAAACCGUCCAUGUUGAUACUUCGGCAGUACAAAGGCAUCGUUCCACGAUAUUGGAGUGUCUCAAAGAUCCUGACAUUUCUAUAAGGAAAAGAGCGAUGGAGCUGUCAUUCGCGCUAGUCAACUCGCAGAAUAUUACUGCCAUGAUGAAGGAGCUGCUGGUGUUUUUGGAAAAAUCAGAUGCCGAAUUCAAGGCGCACUGUUCCAGUUCUAUCGUGUUGUCCGCCGAACGGUACGCUCCCGACAAAAGGUGGCAUUUGGACACCUUGCUGAAUGUACUUGUCGCGUCGGGCAACUACAUGCGCGACGACGUGAUCUCGUCUACCAUCCAGCUGAUAUCGGAGAGCGUGGAGCAACAGGGCUACGUCACCGCCAAGCUAUACAGGGCGCUCGCCGAAGAUCUGCACGACCGGCAGCCGCUCACGCAGGUGGCAGUAUGGGCUAUCGGAGAGUUCGGUGACUCGCUUGUACAGGAUGUCGUGGACGGUAUCGAGCCGCCUAACGUAGAUGACGUCAUCGAACUGUACCAGAAAUUGUUGUGGUCGACGCAGAAUAGCGUGAUAACGAAGCAGUAUACCUUGAUGAGUUUGACCAAAUUGAGUACCAGGUUCAACAACACCUCCAAGAUCCAGCAGAUCAUCAGCUCGUUCUGCUCGAGUCUGCACAUCGAGCUGCAGCAGCGCGGCGUCGAGUAUUCGCAGCUGUUCGGCAAGUAUUCGCACUUGCGACCCGCCCUCCUGGAGCGCAUGCCCCAAAUGGAGGCGAACCGGCAAACGGACUAUCAGAGCAACGGCGACGUCAGCGAUAACGAAGUCAGUCCGCAGCGUACAGCUAACAGCGAAUCGGUUACUCUUUUGGAUCUCUUGGGAGGUCCGGACGACAACGCCGACCUCGACAUCAUCAUGCAGCCGAAAAGUCAGCCGACGUCGAACGGCAACAACCAGGACCUGCUCGACCUGCUCGGCCUCAAUCCUCUCCCGGCGCCGCUGGCAGACGCCGACAACAACGUCGACCGUAUCCUCGACAACAACAUCAACAACCUGAUGCCGGAGAUCAACACACGCAACUCGAAUUUCCUCAAUGACGGGUUGUUCGGCGAUGAAGGAACGAUCAACGAAACGGACGUGCCCGAAUUGACAGCUUACGACAAAAACGGCCUGACGGUGAUGUUCUCGUUGGUCAGGUUGCCAAACUCUGACAACAUGACGAUCAACGUCACCUCCACCAAUCACACACAGAUGGAAAUAACGGACUUUCUUCUGCAAGUCGCUGUUCCAAGGACAUUCCAGUUGCAAGUGUUGUCACCUUCGGGGACUACGAUGCAACCGAACGGAAAAGUAACGCAAGUCUUGAAAAUUGUCAAUACGAGCAGGAAUCUGUUGAAGAUGAAAGUUCGACUAUCGUAUACUUCGGAAGGCAGCUCGAUUCAAGAUCAAGUAGACGUGAAUCAUUUCCCUCCAGAUAUUUGGGAUUGACAGAGAGAGUAUGGAUAACGCGAGAGAGACAGUUUUCUAUCUUGAAUAUUAUUAUUAAUUUAUAAGUAGCUCUUAAUUUUACUAUUAAGUUAUACCCACAUGAACUAAAAUGCGAUAUUUUUAUGUGAACAUGUAAAUACAUUGUUUCAGUGUU